GGGCGGGCAAAGCAAUAUCUAUUUGCCGGCCAUAAAUAGAAGCAGCAUCUAUUAGCAGCUUCAAAUUUUCGCUUACAGCUGACAAUAGUAUUCGCUCUACAGAUGAUAGGCCUGCCGACCUAGCACCAAUUUUCUCUCUAAAGUGAAAUCCAGAACCCAUCGAAAAAUUUAUAGUUUUACCAUAAAGUAGAAACGUACUGCUCUGAUGUCAUUUGCCAAGAUUCGUCAUGAAACGAGAGAAAUGGUGAAGACGCAUAUGGCUGCGUUUGAUUCUUCACACGAUAUAUAUCAUAUAGAUAGAGUUGUUAACUUGGCCAUUGUUAUCGCCAAUGAUUUGAUUGAGACAGGUAAUAGAGAUGUGGAUUUGGAAGUGGUCAUCUUGGCAGCACUUUGCCACGAUAUUGGAGAUCAUAAAUACGCAAAAAACGACGAAAAGGGACUACAGCAUGGCAUCGUUACGGCGUUUCUAGAAAGGCUAGGGUAUCCUAAAGCUAGCUUAGUAGGAAAGAUAGUAGAUCAUGUUGGGUUUAGCAAAGAGCUCGGUUGGAACGAUGCGUUGGAUGAUCCAAAGAUUGUUCAAUGGCGUAAUAAUUGCUUAGAACUUCACUCAGUCCAGGAUGCAGAUAAAUUGGAUGCUUUGGGGGCAUUUGGUAUCUUGAGAUGUGCUGCUUUCAGUGGUGCCAGAAACCGACCUCUUUAUAUACCUGCAAUAGACGGACAUUACCAGCAUUCUUCUGAAGGAGCCACCAAAAAGGAUUUGACAAGGGACGAGUAUCUUGCGGAACAGAGUAAUAAACAGAGCUCAGCCAUAGCCCAUUUUCAUGACAAGUUAUUUAAACUGAAAUCGAUGAUAAGAACUGCAAAAGGUAGCGAAUUAGCAAUUGAGAGGCACAAUUUUAUGCUUACAUUUGUCCAGCAAAUAGAAAAAGAAAUAGAGCUAAACAAUUAAAGUGCUUUCUAAUGGACAAUUUCUGUAACAAUGCUAGUGCUGUAUGUAAACGCAUUAGAGAUUAUCUUAAUUCUUAUAUAAAGACCUCUAUUUGGGAUUGUUUAUUGAUUUUUAUAGAGAUUAGUUGUGCUCUGUAUGCUGCACUGUGUUGCUGUGUAUUGCUGAUAAUGUCAAGGUAGAGGAGUAUAAUGGAUACCCCUUUGAAAUUUUUUGUGUUCCUUCCUUUUUUAUGCAGCUGCAGUAUCUGACUUUUA